AUGAACGAAGAAAGUCCUCUUAUUCCACUCGAGGAACGUUCGGAUGAUGAUGAUCGCAACACAACUCAACCGUUUCAGCCAGGGGCUUCAUCAACGCCUGGCCCCUCUGGUGAAUGCUACCUCAUGCACACUACAACGAUGAAUAGGACGCCCGAAAGAAGGCACAUUCAAGAAACAUCUUUUAUUAGAGCCAUUCCCCGUGGACAGAUUAAUAAUCCUGAAGACCAAAGAAUAAUUUGGGCACAGUCAAUUCUAGAAGGCCUUUACCCUGAUUAUAACUGUGAGGGGGCAGUGGGCUAAAUCUUGAAAUUUCAAGAAACAAAAGAACCUGGGCAAAAUCGUAGUUUUUGGCCCAUAGGGCGGCGAAACUGUGAUUUUCGAUGAAAAUAUGUCAGUGAGAGAAACCUUGCCAAAGUUUCUCAAAGACGCUCUCGGUCAGUCAAGACAUGAGCGUAUUGCCCAAAAUCAAGAAGGAGUCGACAGGUGCAAUGCAGAAAUAGGGGCAAAUGAAGAUAUUGCAAACAAUGGAAAUGAACAACCGGAAAUAAGGGAGAGAGCACGUGAAAAAGUAGAAGAAGAGAGACAAAACGUCGCCGCUCUCGAAGAACAAAAUGAGAAGCUUCGGGAAAAGUUCCCGUUUCGUGAAAGCGAAACAGAGAUUUUCAAAAAAUAUGGGUUCACUGUCACUGCCAUUGUCUUUGCCGCUGGAGUCACGAUUGGCGCCGUUAUUGGGGUAUUGACCAAAGCUCUAAAAAAGCUGGGCAAGGGCAUCGGCAAUGGGCUACAGACAAUCGGCAAAAAAAUCGGUUCUCUUCUCCCCGGCCUCAUCAGCUCGAUCGUGAGCUUCAUUUUCAAAGCCGCGGGGCAAGCCAUCUCCUUUCUGGCAGAACACACUUGGCUGUUGAUUCUUGCGGUUAGUCUG